AUGAUGGAAGAUGAUGACGGCAUUUUACAUAAGGAGAAAUCUCGUUUAGAACUUGUCACAGUGGAUAAUGCAGGAACUGACAAUAGACCUCUGCAGAUUCCAAAGGAAAUUUGGUUAUUGGUGGAUCAUCUGUUUAAAAAUGCAAGUCGACAGGAGGAUUUGUUCCAGACACCUGGUACACAGGGAGAACUUCAACAGAUUUUCGACUGCUUGGACACAAGCAUUCCACAAACUAUUCCUGGCAGUAACCAUUCAGUAGCUGAAGCUUUGCUCAUCUUCCUUGAAGCCCUUCCAGAGCCUGUGAUAUGUUAUGAGCUACAUGUUCGAUGCCUAGAAACUUCAUUUGAUAGUCGCAGCUGCAGACAGUUAAUAUCGCAGUUGCCUCGCUGUCACAGAAAUGUGUUCAAGUACUUAAUGGCAUUUCUACGGGAAUUGUUGAAGCAUAGUGAAGAGAACAAGCUUGAUGCCAAGAUGUUAGCUACCCUCUUUGCAAGUCUUCUUUUGAGGCCACCACCAAACUUAGUUGGGAGGCAAACCCAGAAUGAUCGACAACGUGCUGUGGGUUUCAUCUAUGGCUUCCUGACCAGUGGAGAUGAUGACUAAAUGCUAGGCAAACAUAUCAACACACCUUCACUGCACUGUGAUAGUAGCUGCAUCUGUUAAAGUCGUGAUUGAAUGAUACAAGUGAUGAGACCUGUUUUUUCAGUGCAUUUCAGUAUUGACCUGAGUGAAAUAAGACAGCUGCUUAAUCUUUUCUCAUCAAGUAGCUAAGAAUGCUCGUCACAUUGCGACCCAGCAUAGCCAUACACGUUUUCAGCAGUUGCAUUGCUCUUGUCAAUCUGAACUUUCAUCAAAUUAUUGUCUUUUUCUAGUAAUGUAUGUAAAAAUCUGCAUUUAUUGCCAAGUUAGUUCAAGUUAAGAGUGGGAAUCUUUUAUGUAGUUGAAAGUGACUGAAGAGUGAUGUCUCAGGUGAAACAGGAAAUAUAUCUCAAUCACAGGACAUGAAACCUGUAUGUGCUCCCAUCACUGAAACGCAGUACUUGAUUAUAAUUCUCACAAUGCGUAGAAAAUAGUUUGAAACUGCAGUAAAUGAGUACAAGCAGUAAAUUAUUCCUAUGAUUAAUAAUGCUUCCACCCCCACAAUUGUGUCUACUUAGUAGCAUUCUGUUUCAUUGUGUCUUGGGUGGAGUAAAAGUACUUUGCAUAAGAGAUUGUUCUAAACUUUUAGCCUAUAUACCUGAAUAAAGAAGACCACAUGGAAGCAGCAGGUUGUUGGCAAGGCAAAAAGAAUGCUUUGAUUUUCAGGAAUAAAAUUUCUCUAAUAUAGAUCACAAUAUUUAUUGUUUGAAAUAUGACUAAUACACAAGGUUUUGUAAAAUUUCCAAAAUUCUUGAUGCCCUUAAACAUAAUUCGACCAGUAAAUAUGCGACUUGUCUGCAGAGUUUGUGCUGAGGUCUGUACACGUUUUGCAAAAUUCUAUUCAAGAAAUGGAUGUAGCAAUGAUUAUUUGCUUUUUCUAUAUUGAUUUAAUAUUAAAUUUGUGAUUUACAAAUUGCAUAUGCUUUACCUGUAAGGUAAUAAUGCAGCUUUGUUUUGUAAUUUCUGCAUGAUAAAGUCGAAGCCUACCCUGUCAUGUAAAAGGAAAAAACAGUAGUGUCAUGCAAUGUUAGAUUCCAAACCAAUUUUAGACCAUUAAAUUCCAGAUCCAGUGGGGAUUUCAAAUUUAGAUCAGCCUGGUUGAAUGGCUGAGUUUUGCCUAUUUUGAACUGGAGUGCUGCAGCUCAGCAUCCAGAAGCACAUUUCCUGUUUGCCAAUCUGAGUAAGAUUGCAGUGCCAUAAACUUGUCCUGCCCCUUAAAUUGAGAAAAAAAAUGAUAUAUGAAUGUUACUUCAAUCUUUUCAUUCAUUUUGGAAUAAUUUUAAAUUGAAACCGUGUAUCAUUCAAUCACUAGUAAAAAGCCAUGUGUUAAUCAGUUUAACUGAUGUAUUGUUGCCAGAUCCUGGUCAUGGGGACACGAGCAUGUAUAUAUAUAUAUUUAAAAAUCUAUGGCAGUGUCAUAAAAUUUGUGCAGCCCAGAGUACUUUCAGUACAAUGUAUACUCCUAAGUAAGGUGCAAAUAUAUAUUUUUUUCCAAAAGCAGCCAACUCCUACUUCAGAUGAGAUGUUUGUAAAUGUCUGUAGAGAUGCUUUGUGUUCAAACUCCACAUUCCGUUAUGAACACCUUUGCUGAGAAUAUCAACACUAAAAACCUUUCUGCUCAAUUUCAAUUGUUUGAUGUUUUCUCCUCUAAAUGCAUUGCCUAAAAUGAUGUGAAGAGUGUGAUACUUUUUUACAGUUAACUUAAUUUUAAUACAAACUGGCUUGAAUCUAAGAAUUGAAAGAUGUCAUUUAAUUAGUACCGAUUACACAUCAGUUGAAAUGAAAUAUAAUCAGGCAGCUCAAUUCUUUAAGUCACUGAUAUCUAGAAAAGCAGAAGCAUUAAUAUGAAACUUUGGACUGAUAUUUUGCUAACUUGGCCAGAGCAAAUUAAAAUGAUUGAUAUCAAUCAAAACCAGAAACUAAUUGAAAGCCCUUUAAAUUCCUCUCCAUCAGUGUAUUGAGCUAUUAACGUGUCUUCAUCUGUUGUUUAAAGGUUUUAUCAUCAUUACUUUUAUCACUGUAGUGCCAGGUGUCAGUCAACAGACUUGAUAAACUAAAAGAGAGGCUUAAUUCAAAAGGCCAGUAACCAGAAGCAUUCAAUGUUAUUGGGUGUAGAGGGCAGGUAUUUAGAUGCUAAACUAUGAUUUGCAAUUUUUGUAAUACACUACAUUGUAUAUUUUGAUCUUUAGGUUCUUUCAUUAUCUUAGUUAAAUUUUCCAAUUAAAAUCAAUUUAAAACUGUGUCCACAUCAUUUGUCAUUUAUUAAUAUAUAAAGUUCUGGCUUCUCUUCUUUGGACCUUUUGAGUUAUCGGAAAGUUUAUUUUCAUAAUUGACAACCUGAAAUGGUAUCAAAAAUUUGAGAUAAAUGAGGAAUGCUACAUUCAUUAUAAAUGUUUGCUAUCAAACAGUUGUUUUGCUGUGUUAUCUGUAGAAUGCAACCUGUUAUUUGUUAAUUAUGCAAACAGCUUAACUAAUAACGUUGUAUGGCUAAUUCCAAUAAUGCAUUUUUUUUAAAAAUGGGACGCAAAGUAGUGUGAAGUAAUUGUUACAUUCUAGCACAUCAAAAUACAAGCUAUUAAUUUUUUGAGGUGAAGAAUUGUAUCGUUCAUUCUGUGGUAUUCCAUGAUGACAUUACAACUACUGCUUGUUAAUUGUUUACUAAAUAUAGCCCUUAUUCACUCUUCAUACAGUCUGCUUUGAGUAAGUAAGGAAGGCAUGUGUUCAAUUCUGAUAUUCAGUACAGGGAAAAUCUUUGAAAUUGUGUAUUCAAGAUCAGAUCUUUGAAACUACUUGUUAAAGUUUAAAGUAUUUGUCACAUUACGGACCCUUCUGGAAGUAAUGUUUCGUUAUGGUACUUUAAUGUAUGUACUUUUUCUUCUAUUGUACUGUACAUUUGCAAUAUCAGUGGGUCACCAAUCCAUUGUCUUACAUGUAUUAUAGUACUGUUUAUUGAGCAGUAUGUAUAUUUGUUUUCCUUUUAUUUUGGCUAUAAAUAUGCAGCUACUUUGAAAGCUUUUUUGAUUGAACGUAAAGGAAGGUUAUCUCAGCUGCUGAUUCAAACAAACAACAAUAACACUUAGAGACUCUGAUUCUUAGAAAUUAAUCCUAUAAAAGUAUUUAAGUUUAUUUUAACAUUCUUUUAUAAAAAUGUAGAUAAUUUUGUGCUUCCGGCUUUAGGAAGUAACAUUUUAAUGAGUUUUCUCACGAGUCAUUCUUAAGGUGCCUGAACUGUCUGUAAAGUAGGUGCUGUCUGUCUGCUCAGGCCAAAGGUUGGAUAAAAUAGUUGAGAUACCUUCUGUGGACGUAAGUGACGAUGUAUUUUGAACUUGACGACAUCUUUAUUUAUUGACCAAAAACCUAGCGGCUUCAGCAAAAACUUUUUAUGUUUAAAAUUUAUGUUACGUAUAUGCAUUGUUCAUAGUGCCUUGCGUGGUAUACAUGGAAGGUUUGCUUAAAUCUACAACACAGAUGAGUUGAGACUAAAAUACUCACAAUGGCUGUAUUUUUGGGUAGCAUUUGGUCAACUUUACCUGCUUGCUGCAACAUUUGCCUUGCUCAUGAUUUUCUCCUCAAAGUUAAAAUUACAGUUCUUUCAGUUCAUCUAGAUCCAUACCUAUGUGAUCAAAAGAGUCAGGUUGCAGGCCUAUGCAAAAUGUCAUCAUUUUGAAAUUAAGGUGCGUUGCUCCACUUCCAGAGCAUUUUUUGCCCUUCCCUGCAAUAGAGACACUGCUAAGCUUAGAACUUGAGCAAGGUGGAGGAUCAAAUGUUCAUACCACUUGACACUGAGAUUUACAGUUCUAAUGCUGUGCUGUGUUGUUCAAGUUUUGUUCCAAGUUGUAGUGUAGGGCACUGCUCAAUCUACUUUUUAUUGUCAAUGCAAUGUCCUUGUUAUUGUUCAAUUGCAUGAUGUUUAAUAAAAUCCACUGUUUCAAA